CCCGGAUGGCGUCGGUGCAGGGAUGAUUUCUCUCCAGCGGUUAUUUUUGAAUGGAAGUGUGCUCCUUCCCAGUAGAAGAUGGUGAUCCUAAUGUAUGAUCAUGGAGAAGGGGAUAAGUUCAGUAGAAGUGUUACCUUCCAAAUCAUCUCAGGUUACAGCUGUAAAAGUGGUGGUCAAAGAGCCCGAAACAAAGCAAACCCAAAGAGGGAAACGAGUGGGAUUUGUGCUUGUCCAUGCAGGUGCAGGUUAUCAUUCGGAAUCCAAAGCUAAGGAGUACAAGCAUGUGUGCAAAAGAGCCUGCCAGAAGGCAAUUGAAAAGCUACAGGCUGGUGCUCUUGCAACAGAUGCAGUGACUGCAGCACUUAUAGAAUUAGAGGAUUCUCCUUUUACAAAUGCAGGAUUGGGAUCUAACCUAAACCUUCUGGGUGAGAUAGAAUGUGAUGCCAGUAUAAUGGAUGGAAAGUCAUUGAAUUUUGGAGCAGUUGGAGCACUGAGUGGAAUCAAGAAUCCAGUUUCGGUUGCAAAUAGAUUGUUGUGUGAAGGGCAGAAGGGGAAACUUUCUGCUGGCAGAAUUCCACCUUGCUUUUUAGUUGGUGAAGGAGCUUACAGAUGGGCAGUUGAUCACGGGAUACCAGCAUGUCCUCCAGGUAUCAUGGCUACAAGGUUUAGUUUAGCAGCUUUUAAGAGGAACAAGAGGAAGCUGGAGUUGGCCGAAAAGGUGGAAACAGAUCUCAUUCAACUAAAGAAAAGAAGACAAUCAAAUGAAAAGGAGAAUGACUCAGGAACACUGGAUACAGUUGGUGCAGUUGUUGUUGACCAAGAAGGAAAUGUUGCUGCUGCUGUCUCCAGUGGAGGUUUAGCACUGAAGCAUCCUGGAAGAGUUGGUCAGGCAGCUCUUUAUGGUUGUGGCUGCUGGGCUGAAAAUACAGGAGCUCAUAACCCUUAUUCCACUGCUGUGAGUACUUCAGGUUGUGGAGAGCACCUUGUCCGGACCAUACUGGCCAGAGAAUGUUCAUGUGCUUUGCAAACAGAGGAUGCCCACCAAGCUCUCCUAGAGACUAUGCAAAACAAGUUUAUUGGUUCACCUUUUCUAGCCAAUGAAGAUGGUGUUCUUGGAGGUGUGAUAGUUCUCCGCUCCUGCAGGUGUUCAACAGAGCCUGAAUCCUCACAGGAAAAGCCAACUUUACUAGUGGAAUUUCUGUGGAGCCAUACAACAGAGAGCAUGUGUGUUGGAUACAUGUCUGCACAGGAUGGCAAAGCUAAGACUCAUAUUUCAAGACUUCCUCCUGGAGCUGUGGCAGGACAGUCCGUGGCAAUAGAAGGAGGAGUUUGCAGGCUGGAGAGUCCAGAAAGCAGCUGAUUCUUCACUUCGUUGCAAAGAAUGUGAAUGACUUUUUGUACAAUAAGUUUUUUUUUUUUUGUGUUUUAACAGAUGUUGAAAAUUCUGCUUUUGUUUUAUACUCCAUAUUGCAACUAUGUGCACCAUAACUUGAGACAAGUGCUGCUGUAGUUUGUUCUCACUCUGUGAAUGGGGUCUGUGUACAUGUUCAUUUUGUCCCAUGAAUAAAAUAGGAACUCUCCCCAGUUGUACAAAGAUAAAGUAUGAUUAAUGAUUGAGUUUUCAUUUUUUUUGUGUUGAAAAAUAACCAAAAAUUAAGAGAACAUAGUUUAAAGGUACAAUCACAAUUGUCAUUCAUAUUCUAAAUUUAAAAGUAACAGACCUUUGAAGUGGCUUUAUAAUUAUGCAGAAAAUGAUUUUUUUGAGUUUCUCAGUGGUUUAAGGAAAUCCAGAGGUGAUUUAAACGAGUUGUUUUUUUUU